UGCGUAGAACUGCAAAAGCAAAACACACACACGCCCCUCAGCAAACGCGGGACUUGUGGUUUAGCAGUGCAGCUAAAAAGACACACUAGAAAAACACAACCAGCUGUCAGUGCUGUACGUCACUGCGUGUUUAUUUAUGAUUCUUUCACUAAUGCAUGCUCUCGUUUAAAACUGUACGCAGUUGCUAAGUUAAUUUAGCUCGCAGUGAAACAGCAGCCAGUUCUAUGUGAGCACGGACUGCAAAUGGCCUAACAGCGGAGCGUUUCUCUGGUCUCAGUCAGGUUAUCACUGCAGGCAUGUUUAAGAGUGUAGGGAAGCUCUUCGGGAUGCGGCGGAAAGCCGAGCAGCCCAAGUCCCGCAUCGACCGGAGGAAGACUCGGGUGAACAUGCUGGAUCAGCUGCUGGACGACAGCGACGAAGGGUCGUACCACAGCACCACCAGCGUGAGCUCGGAGAGCGAGUACAGAGAGUCCGACGACGACGGCUCGUACGGCUCGGACAGCUCCUACCGGCCUAAGCGAGGAAGCGGCAGAGAGGAGGAGGAGGAGGAGAGCGGGAGCGGCAGCAGCAGCAGCAGCGAGGCGGGAGGGAAGAGCGCCGUGUCCCGCGGGCGGAGGAGGAAGAGAGCGGCCAGCGCCGCGGCUCUGGAGGACGACUCGAGCGAGUCCAGCGACAGCGACAGCGACGUGGGAACCGAGCCUCGCCGAAAAGCGCAGCAGAAAAAACGCCUGAAGCUUCCCGACUCCGAGGACGAAGCUCUGAAGGAGAAGAAGCGAGAGUCGGAGCUGAAGGAAGCCAGAGAAGCAGCUGCGAAGAGGAGAGAGAGAAAGAAUAAACUGAUGGAGCUCGCGCGCAGGAGGAAGACAGUCACUCCGCGGCGCAGGCGCAGAACGGCGGGUUCAGAAGAGGAGGAGGAGGAGGAAGAAGUUAAAGAAGACAAAGCUGAAGACAAAGAAAAAGCUGUAGAUUCUGAAGACAGCUCCAGUGAGGAGGAUGCUAACCCUCUGAUGGACAGCAGUGAAGAGGAAAAACAGGCAGAUAGUGACAGCUUGAAAGACUUCAUCGUAGAGGAGGAAGAAAAGAAAGAGGGGGAGGAAGAGGAGGAUGUGGGGGAACCAAAGGACAAGGACUUCCUCUCUCACCUUCCACGCCAGUUCAUCACUGGAUCGCAGUUCACCCACUUUCAGGUGGUGGUCAAAGCUUUGUUGAUCAACGCACUGGACGCAUCCUUCCUCGAGUCUCUUUACAAUGGUGAGCGGACGAAGCGUUAUGCACAAGAGAUGAAGUCGUCUUUGCACCACUUUGAUGAGCGACUGGUGCUCCCACGAUUAGAAAACCUGAAGCAGCGGAGCCGCUGGAAAGACCGCUACAAAGAGCGGGUGGAGUGUUAUCCCAAAGUGCGGAUUACCAUGGUAAACACUCAUACUAAAGGUUGCGAAGCCUGCGAGCUCCACAGACAUGGCCGCUUCAAUGUGCGUCUCUCUGGGCAGUUGUAUCACUGCAACACCCUGCAAGAGGACCAGUUCAUGCCCGAUGACUCACAGAGUUUCUUUGUCGGCUCAGUGUGUGCCAGCCGUACAGAAGUGUACCACGCGCUGAAGCAUUUCAAAUACCAUCUGUUUGAGCGCUGCCGCACUGCACUGGAGGCUCAGAAACAGGGAGAGGAACAGAAGGAGGAGGAAGAAGAAGACGAGCCUGUGAAGGACACAGUCAACAAGGUGUUCACUAAACUGCAGGAAGCAGGCUGGAUUAAUGAGCAAUACGACGAGUUUGAAGAACACCUCAAUGCCGCAGAUUUCUUCCAAGAGGAGAAGCUGGACUAAGGGAAUUGGACCUUAACUUUUAUUUACAUAACUAUGCUUUUAUUUCUGUAAAUAGUUAAAUACUGUAAUUUUCAGUAUUCUAAUUACAUUUCAAAACAUAAAUCUGUGUGGUGUUAUACAUUAACCUUUGUUAAUCAUAUUAGAUAGAUACAUUAAGUGUAUCUAUAAAAACAUUUAUAUUUGACAUUUUAAUAAGCCUAGCUUAUUGCUUUUGUAUUUUGUGUUUUUAGUUUUAAGCAUGUUGAGUGAAUUUGUAAAAAAAAAAAAAAAUGUUCUUUAAAACAAUCAGUAUAUUCAAACCAGUAAUAGUUCAAGAAAAAUACAAUAUCCUGUACAUUAAAGUUGCUCAAAAAAAGCA